GCCUUCUAUGAACGUCAGUCGACGCCGGGCGUCCCAAGCGUGCGGUUGGAGUUGUCGUCGUUUCGCUCCCGGAACGAAAUUGCACUCGGACUCUUUCAAAGAGUACAUUUUAAUCGACGAGAGAAAAUUUACCGCGUUGCCACAGGCCACUCGUAAACGAGGACCUCGAGCAGAGGAAUUAAUUUCUCGUACAUUUUACCAUCUCAUGACAGACUUGUUGACAAUCGAGGGGAGUAAUGUGAUUUUGAAUUUCGCUUCUUCCCGUUCUUAUACCCGUUCUCUCUCGCUUGGCACACGAAUCCUAGGAUGCAUUGGACGGACGUAGCUUUUUACAAAGUUCUGUAAGGCGUAAACUUGCAUAGUCCUCUUGAUGAGGAAACGCGCCACUUUGGAGACUGUUUUGCGCGACGAGUGUUCCGGAGUGCCGUCGAGCGUCUCCCAGUGACUGAAGAGACCUUUGCCAGUGAAACGAUCGAAUGCCAAUACAGAUCUUAUGCGGAUGAUAUUUGUGGUACCGGGUUUGUUAAUCGGAUAUCGGUGAUGCAGCUACAUGCUGAAAAGAACAAGGGGACGACCGUCGAUCUUUUACCAAGGAUGGUGGCGGUCGUUGUUUUCGUUUGCCUUCUAUUGCAGAAUGGUUGGUCGACAUUCGCAGCUUUCACCACUGUCACCACCAUUCCUGAUCCCGAAUUCGUGGACGAGAUAGGAAAUAUUACAGUGCCGGCAGGACGAAACGUUAAGUUGGCAUGCAGUGUGAAGGAUCUUGGCUCAUUCAAGGUGGCCUGGAUGCUUUUCGACAAAAGCGCUAUUCUGACGGUACAGAAUCACGUUAUUACCAGGAACCCCAGAAUAUCCGUGUCGCACGAUAAGCACAGGACCUGGUUCCUACAUAUCAACGACGUGCACGAGGAGGACAAGGGAAAGUACAUGUGCCAGAUUAACACUGCUGCCGCCAAAACGCAAUAUGGCUAUCUACACGUUGUAGUGCCACCAAACAUUGAUGAUUCGCAAAGUUCGUCGGACGCGAUUGUCCGUGAAGGCUCCAACGUAAGUCUCACUUGUAAAGCAACUGGAAGUCCAACACCCAGCAUUCGUUGGAAAAGAGAUGACGGUUCCAGGAUCUCGAUUAACAAAACAUUGUCUGUGGCAGAAUGGGAAGGCGAAACGUUGGAAAUGGCGCGAAUCUCGAGAUUGGACAUGGGUGCAUAUUUGUGCAUCGCCAGCAAUGGUAUACCGCCGACAGUUAGCAAGCAGAUCAAGGUAUCGGUUGACUUCCCCCCUAUGCUCUGGAUACCACACCAAUUGGUCGGCGCACCCUUGGGUUACUCCGUUACGCUGGAAUGCUACACCGAAGCUCAUCCGACUUCUUUGAAUUACUGGGCGAGGGAGGACGGCCUGAUGAUUCACGAGAGCAGUAAAUACAAGACUACAUCGUCGCCUGAUCGACCUUCUUACAAAACUCACAUGACGCUCACGAUAUUUGACAUACAAAGAGAAGACUACGGUAGCUACAAGUGCAUCGCGAAGAACCCACGUGGAGAAACCGACGGAACGAUUCGUCUGUACAUGUCUGCGCCGCCAAGUACUAGUCCUAGUCCAUCUACCACGGAGAUUCCCAAGAAAGACUGGGAGCUCAUGGCGGAAAUGAAUAACUCUGUUUACGGAAAUCCCAGUUCGCUGACAAUUCAUAAUGAAAAGAACGCCAAAACAGGUACUAAAUUCCAGUCGAAUCUCAACGAAAUUGGAAAAUCGGAACAAAAGUCAACCGAAUUGGAUAGGAAAAGAAAUUACAAUUCUUGGCCUCCUGAUAAAGAUUCAGCGGUGGGCCUGAUGACGACCGUAACGCUGCUGCUGGUCGGCCUGGUGGUAACGAUAAUUCGAUAAGCACACUCCAAGUCUUCGUCAUUGAUGUUAAUUCCCAUCAUUAACGAACUUGAUUGAAAUUUAAACGGCAUAAAGGAACAGACACAUACGUACACGCGCACUCUUGCAAACACAUAGUAUUACACACAGACACACAAAGACUGAUCGGAGUAGUUAGCAUCAUAUUAUCGGACGGACGGAGAAUAAUUUAUGCGUGCCAAGUUAGUGUAGCAACAAAGUCUGCGAGUGGCCAAGAAUUGAGGGAGAACGAGUCUCCCUGCUCCUUCGAAAAGUUGUGCGUGGUGAUUUGAACGAGGGGGGUGUGAGACGCACAGCGAAGGGAAAAACAACGAGAAGGGAAGAGAGGGGAUGUUAACAAAGUGCAACGACUAUCGCUUUCAGUGUAAUAUAUUGUAUAACGCCGUAACAAUGAUGCCAACGAUACCAGUGAUCUCGUCUCUGCGAGUGCAAUUUGGAAUGUGUGAGAGUGAAUCGUUAUGUUUUUUAACUACAUUAUGGGAGAAUUUUACUCACGCGAUAACUGGUAUUUCGGAAUAUCAAGACGAAACUACUCGAGCUUAAUACUGAAUUAAAAGUUUGGCCGAGCCAACUCAUAUAGUUUUCACUAUUCCUCAAUUGACAUCCCUUCGAAGUCGUUUCCUUCUUACUCUGGCAUAAAGAGUUUUUUAAACGUGGAGAUAAUUAUUAGUGAUGAUUUGCCGCUUUCAUACGCUAUCGAUCGAGAAAGAUGCGCAUCUCAAGGAUGGGAGUUUGCGGCGCUUGAUGAGCAAAAUCAAUUUCUCAUCAUAUUCGAAUAAAAAGCUAUUCUCUAUUCCGCGAUUUGCCUGCACGUUUUGGGCACCAAUUCCGCUUCUUUUCCAUGAACACAUUCUUCUUAUUCUGCCAAGUACGUCGUAAACACUGUGUUUCCUUUCUUUGUUUCAACUCUUUUAGCUUUUUGUGCAUAAAAUCAGCGAAUUCUAGACACCUGAGAUUAAAUGCGUCAAAUCAACAAAAAAAUACUUUUGCUUCAGGCAAAAUUAAAAAAAUAUUGGUACAAAGCAAUGUAUCAAAUAUUACUAGUUGCAAGUGAAUGUUUAGCGUGAAUUGAAUCCAACAGUUACAUCAUAGUCCUAAAAGCGAGCCAACUAUCUUUUUAUUUUUAUAUUUGUUUAAUUAGAAGUAAAUUGUUUCUAUUUAAAAUUUUCAAUCAUUUACUGCAGUCGUAUUGGAUCAGAAAAGAAAAGUCAUGUAUGCUUUUUUCUUGCACUAUACAUUGAAAUAAAUUGACUUUCUUGCAAGUUAUAUAUCUAUUAUAUUAGACGCACAAAUUGAUUCAGUGCUUUUUCUGAAAAAAUUAAUUUACAAAAAUAUUAAACACAUAAAUCUUCGAAAUAUUCGUCAUUAUUUUUAAAUAUUUUUCUCCAUCUAUCGAGCAGCUAAUAAGUUCCCUCUCGAAAAAAAGAAAGUAAAUAAGACUCAAGUUCUUAAAAAAAAGCACCGAGUUAAUUUGCACAUUUAAUACCUAGUAAAAUAAGUUUAUGUUAUAUAUUAUAUUAUAUAUUAUAGAAAGAAAUUUACUGUUCAAUUUAGUCAAUUAAAAGAUAGCUCUAAAUUUUUCUCAUUACAGUUACAUAGCUGUGUUAUAAGCUCUCGCAACAAAUGUAAAAGAAAUAUAGAUAUAAAUUACUUUAUUUCUGAAUAACGCGCACACAAAAAUAAGAAAGUAAUUUCCGAUAAAUUUCUAUCAUCGAAUCUCAAUAGAAUAACAUGCGAAGAAACCCGUUCGUUUCAAGGUACAAUGCAAAAGAAAUCAGACAGAUUUUCCUUCCUGAUAUUAUAAUCUGACAUAAUGAGGACGAAUGAUUUGAGCGUUGAGCGCAGCAUUAGAGCACUUAUCUUUUAUUGGCUAUUACCUUUUAUUACUUGCUCUUUGAUGCGCCGAAAACGAGACGCAUUUGUAAACGAAAUCUUCCCUCAUAUAAUGCACGAUUCCACGUAUUGACGCUCUGAAUUAUAAAACGUCUCGGCGUAUAUUCAUUUUUUGUAAUCUGGUUUACAUCACGAGUUGACAGAAAGAUUUUCCACCUAGAAAUCCACCCCGGAUCGGACGAAUCGGAUCGGACGCAGUCGGAAGGAAUUGCAUGCUAAAUAAAUUAGACUUGCAAAGAGUAUCGGAAUCGUGUGACGCUGUUGCGCCACGUCACGUUGCGCAAUCAAUUUAUUUGCGUGUUAAUUAAUGAAAUUAGGAUUUAUUGGUAGGCGGCCGCGGAAAGCCGUCUCGGCCAUGCCGGUUUUAAGCGGACUUGGAGCUACUUAGGAAUAUCCAUUAUUCAGCGUACAUCUUGUUUAAAGCAACAGGUUCGAGAGUCUCUGCACUGUGCGCGCAAAGGAGUUAACGCCUGCUAUGGAUUAAAGAAGGGAACGGCUCGACUUAGGGAUUACGCAGACUUACUCUGAUGAGGUCUGUAAUCGUAUCAUUCGCAAGACUAUCCCGCAGUCUUCUGACCUUAAAAGUCAUAAGUAUUCCACGUGAAAGAGAAUCGCACGCUUUCCUAGCAUCGCAGUUUUCGCACUCCCAUUGCCUGCAAUUGACAAAUCUUGUGGCAACAGACUACGAUCUAGAAUUCAUUGAUUACGUUAAUUAAUGUCAACACCUAAUUAUUUUUCAUCCGAUUAAAGAUGUCCGUGCAUUUACAUAUAUCCAUGAAAAGCAAAACGGUUAAGCAACGGUUUUUGUUAAAAAUUUUUAUUGUUUUAUAUGGAUGCGCAAGUUUCGCCUUGUAAAUUUUGCUUUGCAUUUUUCAUAACUUGAAAUUUUGUUAUUGUCUCUCACAAGUUGGUUGUCGCUGAUUACACUUUUCGCAAGAUGAUUUAAUAUUGUCAAUUACACGCUAUUUUGACGUACGAUGAAAUGAUUGAACUCAUCUAACAUCUCUAAGCAGAGCGAUGCCGUUUAUCUCAAAGCACUGACAGCGAGUCCAGAAGUAGGUUCGUGAUCCUCGAUUAAAUGUUUGCGUCUGAUCUUUUUUAUUGUAGACACGCCGAUUAUAGAUGACCUCUAAAACUUGAACAUGUAAAACUUAAUAUGUUCAGCCAAUCAAUUACGUUGAGCAAGAAUGCACGCACAAAACAUAUGUAUACAUAUUAAGUGCACAAAUUAAUUCGGUGCUUUUUUUGAAGAAAUUGAGCAUUUAUUAUAAAAAAAAGUAAUAGACAUGUCAACUUUUGCAUACAUCUUAUAAAUAAAGGCUCAAUUUCUUUAAAAGAAAAAAAGCCUCGAAUUAAUUUGCACAUCUAAUAUAUUAUAUAUUAUAACAUUUGCGUAAAAAUACUAGAGAAAUUUUCUUCAACAUCUCAAGCAGUUCUGCUACAGAAAA